CAAGGCUGGGCAGACUCGCCGCCAGUGUAGGGCUGUCUGUCAGUACGCUUGCGCGCGAGCCAGGCACCGCGGUUCUUGAGUGUGCUGUGCCGGGCGCGCUGGGUGUAGCCAUGCAGAAAGCCGACUCCGAGCGAACUCCCAAACGGCCCCGUCUUGCCAGCCCAAGAACCCAGCCAAGCACCCCUUCCGCUGCGGCACAGGGGUACCCCGACUCCGAACUCCCCCACAACCACGAGACAUGGGACUCGGAGCAGGUGUGCGAGUUUCUAAAGAGCCUUGACCUCCGUGAUCCGGUACUGCUGGACUACAUCCGAGACAAUAAUAUCACAGGUUCAUCACUGUCCCGUCUUAAUGAGUCUUCUCUUGAGAAACUUGGAGUAAGUUCCUUGUUGGACAGAAGGAAGCUGCUUUAUGCUAUCCAGCAAUUGAAUCAAAGUCAUGUUGCUACAGGGAAGGUAAUUAAUGAUCCUGUCCAUGGCCACAUUGACCUCCAUCCUCUCCUCAUCCGAAUCAUCGACACACCUCAAUUUCAGCGGCUUCGCUACAUUAAACAGUUGGGAGGCACUUACUACGUUUUCCCAGGAGCUUCACACAAUCGAUUUGAGCACAGUCUAGGAGGUAUGUGUAAGCCUGGAGUCCUGCCUGGCAGCUGUCAUGGGCCAUUUUCUCAUAUGUUUGAUGGAAGAUUUAUUCCACGUGCUCGCCAAGACAUUAAAUGGAAGCAUGAACAGGGCUCAGUUGAUAUGUUUGAGCACCUAGUUAAUUCUAAUGGACUCAGAGCUGUGAUGGAAAAGUAUGGCCUCAUUCCUGAGGACGAUAUUUGCUUUAUCAAGGAACUAAUUGCAGGACCACCUGAACAACCAGCCAAAGCGUCUUUGUGGCCAUACAAAGGGCGUCCUAUAGAGAAAAGCUUCCUUUAUGAGAUAGUGGCCAAUAAAAAAAAUGGCAUUGAUGUGGACAAAUGGGAUUAUUUUGCCAGGGACUGCCAUCAUCUUGGAAUCCAAAAUAAUUUUGAUCACAAACGCUAUAUUACGUUUGCCCGUGUCUGUAAAGUAGAUAAAAUGCUGCAUAUUUGUACUAGAGACAAGGAGGUUGGGAAUCUAUAUGACAUGUUUCAUACACGCAACUGUUUGUACCGUAGAGCUUAUCAACACAGAGUUGGCAACAUCAUUGAUGCAAUUUUCAUCAAAUUGGCAGAUAACAUUUUUCUGGAGAUUUUAUACUCUACUGAUCCCAGAUUGGAUGCAGCACGAGAGCUUUUAAAAAAUAUUGAACGCCGUAAUCUGUACAAGUGUGUGGGUCAGACUCAGCCUGGUGUAGACAAAAAGAUUAAAAAGGUUAUCAACAUGGAUUAUGGAAUGGAAGACAAGAAUCCUGUUGAUCACGUUUACUUCUAUUGUAAGAGUAACGUCUACCAUGCAUUCCUGAUUAAUAAAAGUCAGGUUUCACAGCUUUUGCCAGAGAGAUUUGAAGAGCAGAUAAUUCGAGUGUACUGCAAGAAGCUAGAUAUACAGAGUUUUUAUGCUGCACGGGAACAUUUCAUUAAGUGGUGCUCAAUUAAAGAAUACAGCAAGCCACAGGAUUGCGAUGUUGUAACACCGCUGAAAUACGAGUGGCAUAACCAGAAUUCAGACCAGAAUCCAGCGAGCAAAAAACAGCUUUUUAAAGAUGUUUAAUGUGAAUGUCUGCAAUCAUUUGUUUACAGAAAUCCCUCACCCCAACACGAUUAAUUGAGAUAAUUUAAUCACAGAAACUGGCAAAUUUAGUGACAACUAGUACUUUUUAUUUUAUAUUUUGAAUGUGCACAAAUGCUGAAGCUAAGCAAUUUUUAUUCAAACAAAAAGAUGUUAAGCAAAUCUUGCUAUCCAUGCUAUGAGAAGUAUCACCUUGCCUAUUUUUAAUGUUAAUUAAAGACUUACUCUUUUAGUACUCUUAUUUUCUUAGGAAAACAAUUCUUUUAUAUACUCUGAACUUUUAUGACAUGUGAUUGUUUUUUUAGAGAGAAAAUUGGAAAUAAGACAAGGGUGCAGAUUGGAAUUUGAAGUUGGGUUGUCAUGAACAGCCAUGGUUAAAAACAAAACAUAAAAUCCUAGCCCCCCGAGGAGGUGCCCAUCACCCCGAAUUUGAAGACUACUCUCCUUAAGUGACCUAAAUGUUAGGGAAAGACACCGUCUCCUCACCCUUUUGGGGUAAACAGUAGGAGAUGAGAACCAGGAGUGGGUUCCAACUCUUUGGUGAGAGACCUGAUUAAUUUAUUCAAAAGAUCUGAGGGCUCUGGCCUCCUCUGAAGGGGGGGCAUAAAAUUACCUUUUAGGAGACCCCUACCCCCAGUGGCAGAGGGAUCCCCUAGACCAGGCUGUUCUCUAGGUCAGUUGUGGCUCCAGCACCGGAAAGUUUCUUUCCUGAAUACUCACUGCCCAAGUGCCAAAGGUGUUACCACUGCCCAGCCUCUGACCUGCUGCCUGCGUCUCCCUUAGGAGCGAGCAGAGGCAAGCCCUGUCUUCAGGACUACUCAGAGCUGGGACUUGGUGCUGGUCCUGCAUUUUACGGUUUCAGAGCAAAGAGGAUGAGAUGUGUGAUUACCCAGUGAGUUCCAGGCUCCCCUUUGUAAAGGGGCGUUCCACACCUCCAGCAGUGGAGUGGGUGUCACUGUGGUUGAGCAGUGCUCCUGUGCCGAGGGCCCCCUUUCCCCACAUCCCCAGUUCUGCAGAAAUUCACCAAGAGCAAAGUCUGGAGUUAGUUAGAGCCCAAGCCAGUGGGGGCCAGGGGGUCCUGAAGACGCAAGGCAGUGAGGAAUGGGAGUCUGGAGCCCCUAAUCUCUUCCGCUUUGACACUCCCUGUGGCAGUUGGGAGUGGGGCGCCAGCCCAGGCUCUGGGCAAGAGUGAGUGGAGGAAGGGAGGAACUCAGGCCCCAGGCCAGCAGAUUGUGCAGACUCAGGAGUGCUACCUAACCUCCCACCGUGUGACCAGGUUUUUGUUUUGUUGACACUUGGGUGAAAAGCAUUUGGAGUGCCUGCCAUUCUGUACUGUCACCACCCUGCUUCUCCAUCCCUCAGUAGAUAAUCAAGAGUUGACCCUAAUUCACAGGAAAAUAGUUAAAACCCUUCCCUCACACUGUGACGCCGUGAAGACGGGAUGUGUUCACCUGUGGGCGCAGACAAGCUCAGGUGAAGGCAGCCGUGGUACUAGCUCAUGUAUUUUGGCCAAGGUGCCUCUAAACCUUUCAGUAGGGAGAACUAUAGGCCUCAGACUUUUGUGUACCCAGACCCAAGGUCAAGAAUGUAAUGUUUUUCUGCUAAGAUUGUUUUUUAUUUCUGCAACUCCUCCCUGUAAAUCACUGUGGUUUCCUUUGGAAUCUUGUAGCCCCAAAAUUGUAUCAUUGUGCUAUCUGAGAAACGACUUGAAUCUAUUUCGUUUGCAAAAUAACGCAGCUGCACUUUAUGCUUUUUACAACUGUUUUAAUUAUGAGCACCAUAUGCUAUUUACAAGGUUAGAUUUAUCUUAAGAAACAUCUGCACUGUUUGUCUUAACGUGGAAAGUUUAUCAGCUUAGCCUCUGGAGUUACUGAAUGUUAUCACCUUGAGAAUGUAAAUAGAAUUGUAGUUUUAAAUGACUGGCUACUUCAUUUGGGUGAGGGGAACUGUUGCAAUAAAACUUCCUGAAUGUA